AUGGCGGCCACCACCUCUCUUGACCACCUGUCCAACCGGAUGAAGCUGGAGUGGCACUCCAAGCUCAACACCGAGAUGGUCCCGGCGAAGAACUUCCGUCGUACCUCUAUCAUCGGUACCAUUGGUCCCAAGACCAACUCCGUCGAGAAGAUCAACGCUCUCCGCACAGUCGGUCUGAACGUUGUUCGCAUGAACUUCUCCCACGGUUCAUACGAGUACCACCAAUCUGUGAUUGAUAAUUCCCGUGAGGCUGCUCGCAGCCAAACCGGUCGUCCUUUGGCCAUUGCCCUCGACACCAAGGGCCCCGAGAUCCGUACCGGUAACACCGUCGAUGACAAGGAUUUCCCUAUCAGCAUGGGCACUGUGCUCAACAUUACCACCGAUGAGGCUUAUGCCACCGCCAGUGACGAUAAGAACAUGUACCUCGACUAUAAGAACAUCACUAAGGUUAUUUCCCCCGGAAAGCUCAUUUAUGUCGACGACGGCAUUCUGUCUUUCGAGGUGAUUGAGAUUGUGGAUGAAAAGACCUUGAAGGUCAAGUGUUUGAACAACGGUAACAUCUCUUCCCGUAAGGGUGUUAACCUGCCUGGUACCGACGUAGACCUGCCCGCUCUCUCCCAAAAGGAUAUCAACGAUCUGCAGUUCGGUGUUAGGAACAAGGUCGACAUGGUCUUCGCUUCAUUUAUCCGUCGCGGUGAGGAUAUCAAGGCUAUCCGUGCUGUUCUCGGCGAGGAGGGUAAGGAGAUUCAGAUCAUUGCCAAGAUCGAGAACCAGCAGGGUGUCAACAACUUCGAUGAGAUUCUCGAGGAGACCGACGGUGUCAUGGUUGCCCGUGGUGACCUUGGUAUCGAGAUCCCCGCCCCCAAGGUGUUCAUCGCCCAGAAGAUGAUGAUCGCCAAGUGUAACAUCAAGGGCAAGCCCGUCAUUUGCGCCACUCAGAUGCUUGAGUCCAUGACAUACAACCCUCGCCCCACUCGUGCUGAGGUUUCCGAUGUCGCCAACGCCGUCCUUGACGGUGCCGACUGUGUCAUGUUGUCUGGUGAGACCGCCAAGGGCAAGUACCCUUGCGAGGCCGUCAAGAUGAUGUCCGAGACCUGUCUGCUUGCUGAGGUUACCAUUCCUCACUUCAGCAUCUUCGAUGAGCUGCGUAACCUGGCUCCUCGCCCCACCGAGACUUCCGAGUCUAUUGCCAUGGCUGCUGUCAGCGCCAGUCUGGAGUUGAACGCCGGCGCCAUUGUUGUUCUGACCACCAGCGGUCGCACUGCCCGUCUCCUCUCCAAGUACCGCCCCGUGUGCCCCAUCCUCAUGGUCACCCGUAGUGACACCGCCGCUCGCUACUCCCACCUGUACCGUGGUGUGUGGCCCUUCUACUUCCCCGAGAAGAAGCCCGACUUCAACGUCAAGAUCUGGCAGGAGGAUGUCGACCGUCGCCUCAAGUGGGGUAUCAACCACGGUCUUAAGCUCGGUGUGAUCAACAAGGGCGACCCCAUCGUCUGUGUCCAGGGCUGGCGCGGUGGUAUGGGCCACACCAACACUGUUCGUGUGGUUCCUGCCGAGGAGAACCUCGGUCUCUCCGACGAGUAA